AUGACAAACGCGUUCAUCAGCAGUGGAAGUCAAGUUUUGCCUUCAAAGGAAUUGGCACUCUUUCGGAAGAUUUUGAAAUGUUAUGAACAAAAGCAAUACAAAGUUGGGCUGAGAUGUGCAAAACAAAUACUUUCUAAUCCUAAUUUUUGUGAGCACGGAGAAACGCUUGCUAUGAAAGGCUUAAUUUUGAAUUGUAUGGGAAAGCACGAGGAAGCGUUGGAAAUUGUUAAGAAAGGAUUGGCUGCUGAUUUGAAAUCGCAUGUUUGUUGGCAUGUUUUUGGUCUAGUUCAACGUUCCGAUAAACGCUACGAUGAGGCUAUCAAAGCUUAUAAAAUGGCUCUUCGAAUUGAAAAGGAAAAUGUGCAAAUUCUUAGAGAUUUGUCACUUUUACAAAUUCAAUUGCGUGAUUUGGAAGGUUAUCGGGAUUCUCGUUAUCAAUUACUCGUUCUAAAACCAUCAAAAAUGAGUUGGAUUGGUUACGCUUCUGCUUAUCAUUUAUUGAAGGAAUAUGAUGUUGCUUUAUAUAUUCUUGGCGAAUUCAAGAAGAAUAAUAGGGCUCCUGCAAAAAUCGAUAUUGAAAGCAGCGAGAUUAUUCUCUAUGAAAUUAUGAUACUUACAGAAGCUGGACGUUUUGGCGAAGCAUUGGCGCGUUUAGAAGAAAAUUCUACUUCUAUAUUGGAUCGCCUUGCUUAUUUUGAAAUUAGAGCGUCUUUACUAAUAAAUUUGGAACGUUUUGAGGAUGCUGAAAGAGUUUAUUGGACAUUAAUUGAUAGGAAUCCUGAUAAUAUUUUUUAUUAUAAACAAAUUGAGAAAUGUCGGAAAUUGGAUAAUACCCAACAAAAUAACCAAGACCUCAUUACUUUAUAUGAUACAAUAAUUCUUCAAAGACCUAAAGCUUCUCUUCCAAAAUUAAUUUAUUUGGUAUAUGUUGAUGGUUUGCUUAAAUUUUUAUUUCAAAAAUUUUUUUCAUUUAUAGGUCCAAUUUUUGAGGAGAAAGUUCGUACUUAUUUAAUUACUUGUUUUCGUAAAGGAAUUCCUUCGCUUUUUAAAAAUCUUUUGACGCUUUAUGAUAAUCAACAAAAGGUAAAAACUAUCGAAAGAAUUCUUUUGGAUUUUGUUUACAAAUUUGAAGAAAACGGGUAUAAUCGAUUCUCUUUGGAUGGCUCAAAUCUUCCUGAAUGUCCAACAACCGUUUUGUGGACUUAUUACUAUUUGGCUCAACAUUUUGAUAGAUUAAAAAAUUACCAAAGAGCGCUCAAAUAUAUUGAUGAAGCUUUAAAACAUACUCCAACAUUAAUUGAAUUAUAUAUGGCUAAAGCUAAAAUUUUUAAGCAUUCCGGUGACUAUACGGCAGCAGCCGAUUUAAUGUUAUCUGCACAAGAAUUGGAUACUGCAGAUCGUUAUUUAAAUAGUAAAUGUGCCAAAUAUUUGUUGAGAGAUUGUCGUAUAAAAGAAGCUGAAGAAAUGUGUUCAAAAUUUACUCGUGAGGGAAUGAGUGCAAAUGAUAGUAUGAUUGAAAUGCAGUAAGCAUUAGAAUUUUUUGUGUUCCCAAAAGUCUGUAAAAACUUGAAGAGUUGUCG